AUGGGUGAAUUGCUAAAGCCUAAACCUCGAUCUCUCCUCGCAGAUUCGACUGCUCUGUAUCCAACUCCAGGAUUUGUGAUCAAGUGUCGGCUACUUAAGCGUUAUAAGGGGGUUUCACCGGGAACAAAACUUUUCGUCAAUGUUUGCACGAGUCCUCACAUUCCGAAGCCAGCAAUUCCUAACGAUCCAAUUGAUUGGGGCACUUUGUUUGCUCUCAUAGCCAAUGACGAAUGGGAAAUUCCUCUAAUCGUAUCUCCCGAUUUGAAGACUGGGGAAGAUAAGUCGGGAAAUCCUGCUUUGAUAAUCGAUUGUAUAAUUCAUGAAAAGGCAUUGGAAUUGAGCGGUGCAAAUGAGCAGCUGAAAAUAGUUUUGACUCAAUGGUGCUUUGACGCAAUUGAAUUGCAGUAUAAUGAUGAAUUACUCGUCGAUAGGGAAAGUCGAGUUUUCUUGAAUCGUACUCACAUGGGUAAGAUUUCUCCAAUUGAUAUCCAAGAAUUAGAAGACGAAGAAGAUACAUGUUUAACUCAGUUAAGGAUGAAUUCUCUACAAAGUGAUAUUUCCAAUAGUCUCUUGAUCAAAUCCAAUCUCGAUUCUUCACGGCAGUCACAAUUCCACCUGAACAAUACUUUUGAUCCGGCUCCAAAAGAAAGGAUUUCUCUAGAAUCUAUAGCCACAAAUCCAGGACCAGCAACCAAUAACUCACUGUUGAGUUUUCCUACGUAUCAUAAAAUGAGUUCGAACGAAACAGUGCAUGGAUAUCGACUAGUUGUCAAAUGCGAACUCUUCGAUAAAGUACUAGAUCUGAAACUCCACUACAAUAAAGAGUUUAAUCGUGCUGUUCUUAAGAUUCAUUCAAAACAAGGAAUCAAAUCUCAAGAAAUAAUAGAGUUACCGAUCAGCCCUUCUAUUGGCAUCAAAGCAUUUGAACUAGAAUCAACAGAUGAUUUCACUACGGUAUUUUUGUUUGUUAAAUAA